AUGAUUCAAGAUGCCCUCCGGCUCCAAACCGAGCUAGGGCAAUUCGUGCGAAUUCAUCCCGAAGUUCAGGCCCUCCAGCUUACCGAUGACGACUGGUCGACACUUUAUCUACCGAUUUACUGGAGUUUGGACGAUCUGUUGAAUGACGUUCGGAAUGCGGAGGGAGAUUUUGAAGACGUGGGCAUUGAAAUUUGUAAUGCGGUGGAGAGAGGCAUUCAGAAGAUGAACAAGUUCGCUAGAAAAAUGGACGACAACCUUCUUUACUACGUGGCUUCCGUGUUAGACCCGCGUAUCAAGUCAUCCUUGAUUGUGUCUCAAAUGAGCGAGCAAGAUUCGGCCCUGAUCGUUUCUCAAGUGCGGGAAUUUUUGAAGAAAGAAUACCCUCCAGAGCCAUUCGUCUCCCGUGAGGCGGAUCAUACACGUCCUCCGGGGAUGUCAGAAACCAUGUGGAGAACUCUGUGCAAAGUCCAGCCAUCCAAAGAGGCAUCGUUGUCGGAUAUUGAUAAGUAUUUGGAUUCUCCACCGGUCAACUGGUCCCACCAUAUGAUUGACGAUGCGGAUGCGGAAUGGGUCCUCAAGUGGUGGAAAGCGAAUGCGUUUAAUUUCCCCAUCAUGGCUAAAGCCGCUCGCGAUUAUUUAUCUAUCCCUUCGGCAGAAGUCGGGGUUGAACGUGAGUUCAGCAAUGCGCGAAAUAUCUUGGGCCUCCGAAGACACCGCUUGAACGCGGAGACCAUGCGCUGGUUAAUGUUGCUGAGAGAGAAAUCUUAG